UAAUUUUAUUGGAUGUAAUCGUACGAAUCGUCCGUUAUAGCAAAAAAUAAAAUAAAAAAAAAAUUAAAAAAAAAGGCAUGCUUGCUAAAAGCUUUCCCAUUCCAUCCACUUUCAGCGUUCCAGAACCAUCCCAACCGUAAAGAGCCCAAAACGACGCUCGUCACCGCCGUCUUCUCCUUCUCCCCUUUUACCCAAUUCCUCUCCGCCUCCAUGGACUCCUACCACUACUACUCCACCUCUUUCUUCUACUUCAGCCAGAAUGACCAAAACGCCCCUCACCGUCCCAACAACGCCAUCUUAAUCCCCAUCGAGACCCCCUCCUCCGGCGACUUCCCGCCUCCCACCCCCGUCCGCCUCCCCGACGCCGUCCCCAACGCCGCCGCCGUCAAGAUCCAGUCGGCUUUCCGCGGCCACCUGGUUCGAUCCCUGGUCGGGAAGAUCCGGGCCGUCAACGCGGAGUCCGGACGGAUGGAGCGACUGAUCCAGCGGCAGGAGACGGUCGACGCCGUCCGGCGGGACGAGCGGGAGCGGCUCCGGGUGAACGAGGGCCUGAUGGCGCUCCUCCUCCGGCUGGACUCGGUGCCGGGGUUCUACCCGGCCGUGAGGGAGCUGCGGAGGUCCGUCAGCCGCCGAAUCGUGGGACUCCAGGAGGUCCUGGACGCGAUCCUAGGGGAGCCGGCCGUCGGCGGGGAAGGGUUUCCGGCGAAUUUGGAAGAGAUCGUGGAGGGGAUCUGGGGAGGAGAGGAACGUUGGGGCGAGGAGGAGGUGGAGGAGAUGGGGACGGGGGGAAAUUGGGAGAGAGGCUUUGGUUGUUUGGAGAAGCUCCUUUUGGGAGUCUGAUGUACUAUACCAAUUGUAUACGUAUAUCAUGUUACGUAUGUAUAUGUGAUUAGACUAUGGAAUAAGGAAAGCCGAAAGCUUUUAUUCUAAA